AUGUCAUCUGCCGAAACAAACCACAGCGACGAAAACGGAUUCAUCUCGAUCGGUGAGCCCGGUAAGUUCGAAGCUACGAUCGCCAGACUCGGUGCCACGUUAGUCGACCUAAAGGUCAAUGACCAGUCUGUAGUUUUAGGCUACCCCACCGCUAAUGACUACGUCUCUGAUAGAGGUAACUAUAUCGGGGCUACCGUCGGGCGCUACGCGAACCGUAUUUACAAAGGCGUUUACACUCUGCCAGAUGGCCCACACAAACUGGCUGUCAACAACUGCGGUAAUGCAAACCAUAGCAGUAUAAGCUCUUUUCAUCUCAAGACAUUCGAGGGCCAACCGAAGCGCUUGUCUACCAAUGUCUACACUCUCGAACUAUCAUUGCUGGAUGAUCACACGAGGUGCAACGAGUUUCCAGGGGAUUUACAGGUUACCGUGAAAUACAUUUUGGACGCUGCGGUGAUGACCUUGGACUUUGAGUAUCAAGCACAUUUGGUUAGUGGAGAAGCCACUCCUAUCAAUAUGACCAACCAUACGUAUUUCAAUCUGAACAAGGCAAAAAGCGAGGCUUCCAUCAGCGGUACAGCAAUUCGGCUUUGCUCCAACAGGGCGUUGGAAGUUAGUGAAGGAGCUCUGAUUCCGACCGGAAAAAUUAUAGAAAAGGAAGUUGCUACGUUUGUGUCCCCCAGCCCCACCGUUCUUGGAGAUGGUGGACCAAAAUUUGAUACCAGUUUUAUCGUCAAUGCAAACCAGGACUUGAAGUCGACCGAUUCGGUCAGCGUGAACAAAUUGGUACCCAUCUUGAAGGCAUAUCAUCCGGAAUCAAAGAUAUCUUUGGAGGUGUCAACUACGGAACCUACUUUUGUUUUCUAUACAGGCGAUAAUCUGUUCGACAAUUUCCAGCCCCGAGCUGGUUUUUGCGUUGAACAGGGCAGGUACGUUAACGCAAUCAAUAGAGAUGAGUGGAGAGAUUGCGUUCUUUUGAAAAAAGGUGAAUUAUACACAUCCAAGACCCAAUACCGCUUCCAAACUUGA